AUGUUUGACGGUAGUUCGGUCCAAUGGGUAAAAGAGUGCCACGAUAAGUACGGCGAUGCGGUUCGUGUGACCCCAAGUGAAGUCAGCUUCAUCUCAGGAGAAACUGCUUGGCAAAGCAUCUACGGCUUCCGUGUAGGCAAGAGCAAGAACACCGGAUAUUACCUCAAGGACAGGAAUUGGUACUUAGCACCUGCCAAUGGCGUUGAGUCAAUCAUCAUAGCAGAUGAAGCAGGACACUCGAGAAUGCGACGUAACCUCGCACACGCUUUCAGUGAUAAAGCCCUGCGAGGACAAGAGAGUCUCAUUCAGUCUUAUGUCGAUCUUCUCGUUCAGCGCAUGGGCGAACACGCCGCUCAAGGCAAAGACAUGGAUAUCAUGACCUGGUACAACUAUGCAACUUUCGAUAUCAUAUCCGAUCUCACCUUCGGCGAACCACUCUACUGCCUGCGCGAUUCCGUCAAACACAGCUGGGUUUCCAUCACCUUCAAGUCCAUAACGGCCACCGGUUUGAACGCUGCUCGCAAUAAGCAUUUCAUCUUCAGGUGGUCCAACUCCCUGCGCAGCAUUUUCCAAGACAACUCAGUAGCUGCGCGCGCACGACUCGAGUUCUUCGAGCGCGCUCGCGAUCAGGUCAGCAAGCGACUAGCGAAGCUUGACAGCGAGAAAGGCGUGGAAAAACCAGACUUCUUCACCCACAUAGUGAACAACCAAGAGAAGGAAGCAACAAGAAUGACCAGAGACGAAAUGGACAGCAAUGCAGUCACCUUUCUCAUUGCAGGUAGCGAAACUACUGCUACAACAUUGUCGGGCGCUACCCAUUUCCUCCUCCGUAACCCCUCUGCGUAUACUAAACUCGCUGCCGAAAUCCGCUCUCGUUUUUCUUCUCCUGAUGAGAUCACUAUGGAAGAAGUCAACAAGCUCGAAUACCUCAUCGCCGUCUUUCAGGAAACUCUACGACUUUAUCCACCCGUUGCCACAGGCUUUCCUCGUGUUGUGCCAGCGGGAGGCGACAAUAUUUCAGGCCACUAUAUCCCUGGCGGCACUUCGGUAUACUGUUCCCAGCACGCGAUGUAUCAUUCUGAGCGCAAUUUCAAGGACCCAGAGCUCUUCGUUCCGGAACGCUGGUUGGGCGAGGAACGCUACAAGGAUGAUAAGAGGUCGACGCUGAAUCCGUUCAGCUUUGGACCAAGGAACUGUUUGGGCAAGAAUCUUGCAUACGCGGAAAUGCGUCUUAUCCUCGCUAAGAUCGUCUUCGCUUUCGACCUCGAACUCGUAGAGAAAGAGAGGGAUUGGAUGGGUGAGCAGAAGGUUUUCACGCUCUGGGAUAAAAGCGCGUUGAUGGUCAACAUAAAGCCCGUACAUCGUUAG